CUUCCUUCUCAUGCCACUCUCUCCUUCACACCAGGACAAGCACCCAGCUCACCCGAGGACAUGGCCCCAGCAAAGAAAGCCAAGAGGAGGGCAGCGGAAGGAGGCUCAUCCAACGUCCUCUCCAUGUUCGACCAAACUCAGAUCCAGGAGUUCAAGGAGGCUUUCACAGUCAUCGAUCAGAACAGAGAUGGCAUAAUCGAUAAGGAGGAUCUGAGAGACACUUUUGCAGCUAUGGGCCGCCUCAACGUGAAGAACGAGGAGCUGGAAGAAAUGAUUAAAGAGGCUUCUGGACCCAUCAACUUCACCGUCUUCCUGACCAUGUUUGGAGAGAAGCUGAAGGGUGCUGAUCCAGAAGAUGUGAUCACCGGAGCGUUUAAGGUGCUUGACCCUGAAGGCAAAGGAUCCAUCAAGAAGCAGUUCCUGGAGGAGCUGCUUACCACACAGUGUGACAGAUUCAGCUCCGAGGAGAUUAAGAACAUGUGGACAGCCUUCCCUCCCGAUGUGGCUGGCAACGUAGAUUACAAGAACAUCUGCUACGUUAUCACCCACGGCGAGGACAAAGACCAGGAAUAGAGGGGCUCCGCGCCCGGGGGCAUCCGGCUUCACCCCCAAAUUGCUGUAUAUUGCGUCUUAUUUUGUAAAUUCAUCCCACCAAAGACACAACUGUAAUUUAUUUCUUGGGGUGGGUGGAAGGGAGAACCCCGUUUACCGACCGAGCCCCAUUUAGCGACUGAGCCCCGUCGCCGACUUUCUCCCUCACACUUUGCUCUUCAACGUCUUAAACUGGAAUCUCUGAAGUUCAAUAAAAUCAACUUUUUAUUCUA